UCUAAAGAAAAAUAACAUUUUGGUUCUCCUCUUCUUCAUCUAAUAACUGAUACCCAUAACGGUCACUGAGAAAAAUGGAACUCUCAAUACUCCCUUCCUGUAGACAAGGUCUCGUCUCCUCCUUCAAUCCAGUUUCAAGGAGAAGAACACCCAUUAAUCGAAAUUCAUCAUGGGCAACAUGUCGAUGUUCAAUCGAUGAUUCAGUGAAACUAUCUACUCUUCCUCUGCAAUCCAAUGGAAGGAGGGAUUUGAUGAGUUGUGUUCUUGCAGCAGUUGCGAGUGUAUACAUUUGCGAAGCGGCCGAGGCUGUAAGCACAAGUAGAAGAGCUCUUAGAGGAUCAAAAAUACCUGAGAGUGAAUUUACUACACUCCCAAACGGUCUCAAGUACUAUGAUUUGAAGGUUGGAGAAGGAGCGACAGCUGUGAAAGGAUCACGAGUUGCAGUCCAUUACGUAGCCAAGUGGAAAGCAAUAACUUUUAUGACUAGCAGACAAGGACUUGGAGUCGGUGGGGGAACGCCAUAUGGAUUUGAUGUUGGUAAUUCUGAGAGAGGAAACGUACUUAAAGGGUUAGAUCUUGGUACUGAAGGCAUGCGAGUUGGAGGCCAGAGAGUGGUGAUAGUUCCUCCUGAACUAGCUUAUGGAAGCAAAGGGGUCCAAGAGAUUCCUCCAAAUGCAACAAUCGAAUUGGACAUUGAAUUACUGUCUAUCAAGCAAAGCCCAUUCGGGUCUGCUGUAAAAAUUAUCGAAGGAUGAUAAUUUUUACGAGAUAUUAUCUCUGCCCUACCUGGUACUUGCUACUGGAAAAAGGGCUUUGGUUAUUGGUUAUUGGAUAAGGUUCUCGUAUUAGUCUCUACUACUAUCAGGUCCGUCAUUACGUACAUAUUGUAUCAGGACUUGAGGCACAAGAAGUUCUGUUCAUCUGUAAAUGAUCAACCAAGUUUUUUUCUUUGGUUUGAAACUGGUUGAAGUAGUAUUUUAAAUCAGCAAAAUUCAGUGAUUGAAGUAGUAUUGUAUAUCGGUAAUAUUCAGGUAUGCACCGUACAAUCUUGCGAUUUAUUCAUUGGUAAUUUCAAAUAUGACAUGA